CCCCAACACCAUAACCCCCCUUCCUCUCUGCAACUUCAUCCCCAGAGCUCGGACUAAGUCAUUGCCAGUAGGUCAGUAACUAACCAAUGAUCCUGCAAUCUUCCGCCAUGUCUCGGGCCUCUUCUUGUUCUGUCCUGGGUCUGGAUGAUGCACGGCUGUCUAAGCGGUCUGCUUUCCAUCCGGCUGGGGUAGCCAUUGCCGAGUCUAACACCCUGAACCCCACAUCCACAUCCUCUGCACGCACCCGCGUUCAUGCUACCGACCUCAGUGCUAAAGAGCGUGAUGCCAAAGAAGCUGGCCAUAGACGCGCAAAGGAGGAACACAUUUCAAGCACAAACUAUGGGACCACCACCCAGCGCACUUGCAUUAGUAGCGCAUGCGGUCCUAGUGCGCACCAUUAUAAUGAGGACAAACUCUUGAGAUACGAGCUUCAAGGAAUGCCUCAUCGUGGCAUCCCAUUCCCCGAGUUCAUCGAUGUUCAGUUCCCCAAUCAUGAAAAGAUUGACGAGUUGUUCAAUGAUAUGACUGUCGUCGAGGAACACAGAGCAAGAUUCCUUCAAGUGGCUCUCGUGGAGACCGAUGAGAGGAGGAUGUACGAGCCGUUCGUGGCUCUAGUCAAUUCGAUCCUAGGGCUUGUUGAUGGAUCGGAGAUGGGGUGCAUCGACCGGCACCGGUUCCCCCCUGGAGGGGCGGUGAAGAAUGCUGACAGAAGACCUGAUGGUGUGUUUGUGCACAAGCGGGCCGAUGGCUCUCUACCCCCGCCUCGAAGGAAAGGCUCCACUCCUCCGAAGGACGAUCUUCGCUGGGAUGAAGUUCUCAUACCUGUAGAAAUUAAAAGGGACGCAACCACCCUCCUGUCAGAUUCAAGAUUUCAGUCACCACCCGUGAAACUUUCUUACAAUGAUCUCCAAGAAAGUCUCAAGAACAUCCAGUCUCGAAUUUCCCUCAAUUGUCGAGAACAACUGGCCUCAUAUGCUCUGGAAAGUCUCUCCGCGAACGUAUUGAAGCGUUUCACGCUUGGGAUGUUGGUGGUGAACGACAUGGUGGAGUUAUGGCAUUUUGACCGUGCAGGCCCUCUGGGUACCUCAGUUUUGAAACUAGGAGACGACAAUGACUUUGAGGUUUUCAUUGAUGCUGUCGCCGCAAUUGGUUCUGCCUCCUCGUUGGAUCUUGGUUUCGACCCGUGCUUCUUUCACGACAGUCCAUGGCCGCACUAUCCAACAGAUUGUCUUGUAAAGAUACCCUCGGACGACCCUUCUGGAAAUGCAGGCCCCUUCGUAGCAAGAAUUUCGUCAAAUCACCCCUUCGACCAGCAUCGUUGCCUGAGUGGCAGAGGCACACGCAUCCUUCCUGUCACAUUGACCAGCGACCCUAGUUCCCACGUAUAUGUCGUUAAACUAGCGUGGCAGCCAUCUUCGCGAACGGCUGAAGCCGAGUUGUAUAGAAGGGCUGGCGACAUUCAUGGACUCCCAAAGAUUGUCUUCUCUGGAGAGCUUGGGACGCUAUCUCAUGGUGUCCGAGGCCGCCUCGAAGACUUAUUGCCCUUUAGAGGGUCCCUUCCAGGUGACCGCGUGCUGCGAGCCAUAGUUAUGGAGAAGAGGUUUUCGCCUGUCUGGGGCCUCAGAAUGGAUGGCAAGCCGAGGAAAGAUCGCAAGGUCUUAUUAGCACAGCCUGAUAAACUUCUCAAAAUGAUGCGCUCAUGGGUUUCGAUUCAUCAUGCAUUGUACGAGAGGGGUAUCCUCCACCGCGAUAUUAACCCGGGAAACAUCAUGUGGCAGGAGGAAAAAAUUGAUCUUCAAAAAAUCGCGGCCAAAGCGCUCCUCGUUGAUUUGGACUUCUCAAGCGGUCCAGAUGAUGAUCGGGGUUACGUUCCUGAUGAGGUCCCCUUCACAUUUUCUACACCCUUCUUGGCUUUGGAUCUUCUCGAAUCGCACAGCGAACGGCAGCCUCACCUUUACCGUCACGAUCUCGAGUCCUUCUUUUGGACGUUUCUUUGGCUCAUCUUCAGCUUCGCGAAUAUCGAGUGUAAUGGCCGAUCUGCAUCCUGCUGGCAAAUUGGAAGUAAGGAGAUGGUGUAUGGCUUCAAGAGCAGUUUCCUCAAGCAAGAUCAUGAGCAUUUCUUCCUCAAGUUGCUGAAAGCGCCCUCCUCGAAUACGAGCCUGGUCAACAGCCUGAAGGCACUGCACUCCAUGUUUCAUGUUGGAUAUAAAGCGCUUGCAUCUGGAGCAGACCACACGACCGCAGGGGGCUCUAUUACAUAUGAACGCUUUAUGAAAGCGCUGGAAGGGGAUUUUCCUCUAUGAACUUUUUAAUAUAUCCAUGUAUACAUCAUAUGACACAUGAUUAUCCAAUGUUUCUUCAUCAACAACUUUGGCUUCGUAUCCCUCGGCAAGCGACCGCCACAACGGUAGAAUCCACUCCAUCUUCAAAGGCAUGGAAUCCGAGAAGUAUGUAAUUGAUGGAAGCAUUAAGAAUCCCCGCUUGGUCGCGCGAAUAUCUGACCAUGUUCCUGCACUCCAAUGUCCAAAGUGACUAUCAAAAGACUUUCCAACCCGAUAUA